AUGAGCAUCGCCCCAGAUCCCGAACUCACCGUGAACUCGUCGCCAUCUGCAAAAGUAGAACAAUCCGAACUGCAUCCCAAAGACGAAACAUACUUCUUCCCGGACGGAGACUGUGUGCUUCGAGUCGAAGGCGUCUAUUUCAAUCUUCACAAAGCUUUCCUCUCUCGGGAUCCUGCCUCGAUGUUCCGCGAUAUGUUUCGCCUCCCGCAAUGCAACACCGUGACGGCGACAGCAGUAUCAGACAACAUGAACAGCAUUCUGCUGGAUGCUAUAUGCAUUGCCACAUGAAAUAAGUGCCCAAACAACAACACCCGAUGUCGAUAAGCUGCUGCGCGUCGGCAGACUCUGCCACAAGUAUAAUCUGGUUUCAUUCGAAGAUUGGACUUGGAAGACAUUGAGAAUCACGGAGAGUCGUACAAGUCUACUAUGUUUCUUCGGUCGAAUAUUGGCCGGCGAGGCCGAUCCUGUCCCUGCUUAUCUUUCCCGCUGCUCCGUGGAGGUGUUAGAGACCACCAUGCGAUUUUCCGCCGCAACGUACAAACAGGAUCUUUUGACCAUGGUCACCGUCGCGUGGAUAGGUCGGAUUCGGGCCAAUACGGGGAACAGUGUCUUCAUUCGCCGCGCUCUGGAUGCAGGGGAGAAAUCUGGCCUUCGAACAUUUCAAACAGAUAUUUAUCUCGAGCUGCGCAAACGCGUGAUCUUUGGAUCCAAGGCGCUCUCUCGGAACCAACUUAUCUCACGGCUCUCAUUGACACAAACCCAACUAAAUCGAUUACUGAUGGGGCAUGCAUUAACUUCUAGUAUUUUUCACUGUUUACGGAGAGCUGUCCUGAAGCACGAUGUCAAGUGUCGAGACAACCAGUUUUGUAGUGCCAAAUGGGAGCAGGUCGUGUCAACACCCGAUUUUGAGGCAGACGCGGCGCAGAGUCUGGGAGGCAUCCUUAACGCAAUGUCAUUGGGAGGGGUCGGCCCGCAUCGAGCCUGUAUAAAAAGUGUUUUGAAAGUGGUGGGCCUUCAAGAGGACGGAGAUCUGUCAGGACUGUUUCUUACGCCGCAGUGCUAG